CAUCAAAGCGACCGCCCGCUCGCCCUCGGACCCGCUGCCAUUCGCCCAUUCGCCGCGGGCCGUGCGUGCCGAACUGCCGGUGUCCCUUGAAUUGGGCAGCUGUGAGGGCCUGUUAACAUUUUUACUGCGAUACGCGUGACCUCUACAAAAUAAUCUUUGCAUGCGCGCUACAAAAACUGAAAGCAGAGAGAAAUGAGGAAACACUAUUCGUAGACACUGACGCAAUGUAGCAAGCGUGUCUGAGGGACUGUAAAUGACACGUAAACUCAGGAGCACGUCGAUUCUAGCGCUAGCGGGAUUGGUCGCCGGCCUAGCACUCCUAGCAAUGCCCACCCCAGCAGCUGCUCUUGAAGCGCAGUCUGAGGUUCAGCAUGUGGGCGACUGCCCGCACGCGUCCUGCGUGGAGGCAGACACACGCACCUUCGCGACGCCGGUGGACACAGCCGCGGUGUCUACCCUUGCCGAUGUCGACGGCGCUCUCGCAGACGUGCCUGCAUGCUGCAGCGCUAGCGGAAACCAGGACACAGCUGCAGAUAAUGUAGAGGAUGGGGAGGGAGCUGGCGAAGGCCUCAUUGCAGGCGGCGGGCAACAGCAACAGCAGGAGGAGCAACUGGAGCAGGCGCCCUACCUCCUGACAGAGCCGGUAGACGUGUCGACUGCCAGCGAUGCAUUGGCAGCGGCAUUUAGUGACGGUGGCACAUCGGUGGAUGCCCAGGUGACAGCGGGCGCGUACGCCACAGCAGCGUCCGCGGCCUUUGGCACGCUCACAGCAGCGACAGCAGCUGGCACAGCCGGCAAGCGGGAGGCCGGCGCCAGAGCCAGCGCUGGGUCUGAGGCUGGUGCCUCUUCCUCCUCCGAGGCCUCGCAUCUCGUGUCCCCCGCCUCCACGUCUGUCACAGCCGAUGGCAACAGCAACGACGCAGACGUUGCCGCAGACGCAGCCACUGCGCGCCGCGCCCUGGCGGCGACCUACCCCUCGCUCGUCGCCAACGGCUCCGCCUCCGCCACCUUCCCCUCCGCCGCCUUCGGCGCCUGGUGCGCCGCCGACGUGGCCUGCGCCGCCGCCGGCAGCCUCAACCUGACGCUGCUGCACUCCACUGACGCGGCCUCGGUCGCCGCCAUCACGUCCGGGGUGCUCAACUGGCCGUCGCCGCUGAGUGCCGCCGCCGGCAGCGGUGUGGUGGUGACGGGGCAGGCGCUGGUGUCGGGGGUGGUGGAGCUGCAGCUGGAGGCGUACGCAGCCAAGAAGGACAUGCCCAUCUGCUCGACCUCCAGCGGCACCGGCUCCUGCUCGGCCCAGCUGGUGAUCCCGCUGGUGUCGGGGGCGGUGGAUGUGACCAAGAGCACCGCAUGCAUACGCCUGGAGCCCACCAUACUGGGCACUGGCUACCAGGCAGUGGGCUACCCCACCGGCGGCACUGACGGCACGGCGGUGGUGGGCAUCAUCACCAACAACGCCCUGCGAUGCAACACCACCAAGUUCGGCAAGCAUGUGGUCAUGCAGUACAAGCAGACGUCGGCGGUGCCGCCCUCCCCGCCAGCCUCCGCGCCGCCGCCGCCGCCCGCGCCGCCGCCGCCGCUCAACGCAACCGGCGCUGUGCUCACCUCUGAGGUGGAGCUGAAGGUGGCGGUGGUGGUGGGCGUGUCGUUUGACGAGCUCAAAGCCAACAACGACACACUGACACAGCUCAAGACCUCCCUGGAGGGCUCCCUGGCCUCCUCGCUGGACAGCCAGGUGCCGGCGCUGCUGCUGCUCAGCCGCGGCCUGGCCAGCGCCAGCAGCGGCACCAUCACCAGGAUCAGCAGAUACGCGGGAGCUCAGACGACGGCUGUGACGGUGGAUUUCGCGGUUCGGGUGCCCGCGGGCGCCACUGAGGCCCAGAUCACGGCGCUCAUGUCGCUGCUCACAACCAACACCACCGCCAUAUUCGCGGGCAGCGUGUACACCAGCAAGUUCAUGGGCCCAGCCGCCGUGACGCGGGUGGUGGCUGAGGAUGGCGGCAGCAUUGGCGUGGGCGCCGCUGUGGGCAUUGCGUUGGGCUGCCUGGCGGGUCUGGUGCUGCUGCUGGGAGGCGGAUAUGCGCUGUACCGCUACCGGGCGUACCAGGCGCUGCUGCCCAAGCGGCCCGACGGGGACUGGGACGAGUACGGUGUGGCGGUGGUGCAGCCACGCAAGGACAAGGACAGGGACCGGGCGGCGCGGAGGGAGCAGCGCGUCAAGCCCUCCGCGGUGGUGCCCCUCGAGUCGGAGGCUGCGGCAGUGGUGCCGCCGCCUUGGGCCGGCGCCAAUGCGCCAACAGCCGUGGACCCAGCCGCGGCGGCCAUGGCACAGGGGCAGGUGCAGCAGGGGCCGGGCGGCAUGGCGGGAGCUGGCGGGGGCAAUGCGGCGGCGGCUGGAGGCGGCGGCGUUGGAGCUAGCGGAGCGGCUGGUCGCGUGAGUGAGGGCGGCGGCGGGCCCGGCUUGAAGAGCGAGGCUGACCUAAAGGCCGCGUGGGGUUAUUAAUGGAGCCACGGCGGCUACGGUGCUCCAAAAGGGACGUGAUGGACGCCCGCGCGCGGCGGUGCCUGGGGUUGCGCCGCAUGGCGUCACAGAAAGUUUGCCGGGCACAUGCAUAGAGAAGUUUUGUGGGUGGCAGGCACAGAAAGGGGGCAGGUACAUACGGUAGCAGGGCACUGUGCGCAGGGGGUGGGCCCCCCGUGGUCACGUGGUGAUUAGUGCUCUUCGCACGUCCUUAGAUUUGCGAACGUGAUCUUUAUAAGCGCGCCGUAAUGACAAUCAACUGACAGGCGAUGAGUUCCGUUUAACAAGUUCGCAGGUACCGCUGGGUACCUCGGCUAGCGUUCAGCAAGGCUUGUAGCGAGCGGGCUUUGGGGUAUACCCGGCGGGAAACGGUUAGGGUGAGUCGUGACGCGGGGCGGGCGCGGCGACGCUGCAGCCUGCAUUCUGCCACCUCCCAGAGAGGUCAUUAGCCACAACUACAGGUCAUUGGCCACUAGUCUGCAAGCUGCGAGCCUUGUCAUGGAGCCCGUCCCGGUGGAGGGCGAGAUUCCCGACAAAGAUGCCAUUCAUGAGCUCUGACUGCGCAUGCAGCGCGACAGGCGCCAGUAAAGGCCGUAGGAAGCUGUUUUGGAAAGCGCCGAUACACUGGGAUUUGUGCAUUUUUAUGAGUGACCGCGAGCGACUGCGCAUUCGCAGAGUUCUCACGAACGGCAAGCUCCCCGUUUUCAUAAGAAAAGUGGACAUACUUGAACCAACUAGUUGUUCAAGUCACAGAUACAUGUGUUCCGGAAGUGAGCCGCACUCGGUUUGCGGUUGGCAGCUGCUGCACUGUCGGCUGUCGGUCGUGUGUGCUGUCUUGUUCACCAGCCACGUCUUGUCGCGUUGAAAGGCGAACGCAUACACAUUGUCGAUGCAACCUUUCGCCGGCCUGCAGCUAGCCGGCUGCUAGUGUUAGUUUGUGAAUGU